UCAACUUUCAAUGCCUACAUGAACAGCUAUGAUAUGUCUUUGGUCACUCUUCGUACUAACAGCAUGGGGUUCAUAAUAACUAUUGGGGUCCUUAUUAGCCUCUGCGUGGUGUUCAGGGGAGCCGAUGGCGUGAAGUGUUUUACUUGUGAUCGAAUGGCUUACCCACGUGACUGCCCAUACAUUGCUGAAUGUGGUCAACACGAGGAAUGUUAUUUACGAAAAUAUGAGACAGUCGACGGACAUGAAUUUUUCACUUCUGGUUGCCGGGAUAGACUUAUGUGUAACACGCUAGGUAAACGUGACGUCGAUUCGACGUUAGUCGAACGUUCAAAUUUUGGACAGGAAAUCCCGGUUUGUCAGGAAUGCUGUGACACUGAUCAUUGUAACUAUGGAGGAUGCGGAGAACCGGGUUUUCCUCCUCGUGGAUCCAGAGGCCCAAUUUGUUACAACUGUAAACAACAACAAACAGAUAGUUCCUGUAACGAAGUGGCAGUUUGUGGGCGGGACCAGGCAUGCUUUGUACAAGUCGCUUAUGACGUUAUUUAUGACCAUGUUUACAACAGUUACUGCGGGACAGUAGACAUUUGUAACAGAAUUUCACUCGUUGGGCGAAAGCGAUCUUUACCCGUCCAUUGUUGUACGGAUGAUUUAUGCAUUUCCGGUUUUAAUUCGACGCAUGCUCAAAGUACAUCUGCUCCGGCGGCAGUGACGUCAGCAGCUACCCCAGCAGUUACAGUUGCCCCGGUAACAGCGACUCCUGCUCCGGCUUCAACGACCACCCCUGCUCCUCGCUGUCCACCAAUUACCUCACAGUUCCGGAAUUCCUGCUAUUAUUUCUCCACCGAAGUGAAGUAUUGGAGCCAGGGCCAACAAAUAUGUAUUGCAAGGGGAGGUAAUCUCGUUGCUAUUGAUGACAAAGCUGAAAAUGACUUCAUAAUCAGUCAACUUAAACAAAAACUAGCCAAUGGUGAAAUACCAGCCACAAUAUGGGGAUACUAUAUCGGAGCCCAUAUCGUGAAUGGUCAUUGGCAGAAGCCUGAUGGGACCCGUUUGACCUUCACCAACUGGGGCCCCGGAGAGCCAGACCUGCCCCAUACCCAGCCCUAUGGCCUAAUCUUCUUACCCGGCCAGUAUGUUGGGAAUUAUUUUUGGGGCAGUAAUGCUGACAUCGACGGUGUUGAACGAUAUAUCUGUGAAAUUAAACUACACUAACAAAUACCUGUUUCUUAUAUUGUAAUAAACAUGCAUUGAUAUGUCACUAGUAUCUUUUCUGAUUUUUGGCAUGUGAUCGGGUGGAACACCGUUUUAGGUGCCUACGGCAUGGUAUUUCAGUCAGAUAGCACUAAAAUGUCGGCAUCAGAUGCGCACCAUCGCAAGGAGGCAGGUACACCAAUACACUCUUUCUCCAACAUACACACACACAAGCAUGCACACAUUACACAGAUUGAGACAAAAAAAAACAAAAAAAAACCAUGGCUUUGAGAAAGCAGAACAAAUAAAGCGCUGGAAUUGGAUAUACUUAUCAGUGCUGAACGUUAUGUCGACUGUUGGCCAUCGACUUCCAGUUAAGAUUUUGACAGAAUUGAAAAGAUAGUUUGUGAUUGUUCGUACUGAAUGUUGGCGUACAAACUAAACAAGACAUAAGCUGGAUUAUAUUUGGGUUCCCCU